AUGCGGCAGUCCCUGACUCAGCAGCGCCCGGGCGGCGUCGCGCUGCCCGACUCCGUGGGGUCGUUCAAUAGAAGAAAAAGAAAUUCCCUCUACGUAACUGUGACUCUCCUCAUUGUGUCAGUAUUAAUUCUAACGGUGGGCCUAGCUGCUACAACAAGAACCCAAAAUGUGACUGUUGGAGGUUAUUACCCAGGGGUUAUUCUUGGUUUUGGAUCAUUUCUUGGAAUAAUUGGAUCAAACUUGAUAGAAAACAAAAGGCAAAUGCUGGUUGCAUCGAUCGUCUUCAUCAGCUUUGGUGUCAUUGCUGCGUUCUGCUGUGCCAUAGUAGACGGUGUCUUUGCUGCCAGACACAUAGAUCUGAGGCCGCUCUACGCGGGGCGAUGUCAGUACUACUCCAAGAGUACGACCCCACCGGAGGUGAGAACAGCAAUCUGUCACCCACAGCGCCGUGCACCCUGCACGCCGAAAAUAAAAACCAACACCUGCUUCUGCUGUGACCUGUACAACUGUGGAAACAGAGUAGAGAUUUCUGGAGGCUACUAUGAAUACAUUGACGUCAGCAGCUGCCAGGACAUCAUCCACCUUUACCACUUGCUUUGGUCGGCAACGAUUCUGAACAUAGUGGGGCUAUUCCUAGGGAUCAUUACAGCAGCGAUACUUGGAGGCUUUAAAGACAUGACUCCUUCCCUCCCUACUCUGAACUGUACGGUUGAAAAUGCACACCCUUCGGUGUCCUACUACUCAAGGCCACAAGUGACAUCUUACAACAGCUACUACCACAGCACUCCUCACCUGCCUCCCUACUCCGCAUACGACUUUCAGCAUUCCAGCGUGUUUCCAGCCUCCACUCCUUCUGGCCUCUCCGAUGACCCCCAGUCAGUGUCGCCAUCUCCUAGCUAUAUGUGGUCCUCUAAUGCACCACCUCGUUACUCUCCACCGUAUUUUCCACCUUUUGAAAAGCCACCACCUUAUACACCAUAAAGAAUGUGGGAAAGAAGAAAAAAAUAUUUGCCAUUGAAAUAAUUGUGAACAUUUUGUAUUUAUAUUUUACUGCGGGAGGAAGCGGGAGGAGAGAUACAGAAGAUAAUUGCAUAUACAAAUAUUAGAUUGGACUGUUCUUUCUUGCGAGACUUAUUUCAGAGGUUUAACAAUGGAAUAUGAGGAAGGGGAGAUACUGCUGAUGUUUUGCAGGGUCAGUGAGCAGCGGGUGGCCUGAAUUCCAGCCUCCUUGUUUUACCACGAGGUUGACGUAGUCCUUGGUUUUUAAUAAAGCGAUACAACACAGAUGAUAGAUUCUGGUCUGCCUUACUCCAUCUUGUGCCAAGCUGAAGUAAGGGUAGCCAAGAUCGAUAGUAGCCGGAGAGUAGCAGUCUGUUUAAGGGGAGGGUGCUUGCAGACAGCUCAACGUGACGCUAGUUUUGUUUGGCCUUGGGGCUCCAGUUGCUGGGAUUUUUUGAGGCCACAGAACCUAGCUCAGGUCGUUUGUUUGUUACAGCUUAUGCACUGGAAAAAUCUUGGGGGGAACCGCAACAGUAUCUCCAACUUUAACGCUAAUGAAAAGAGAUAAUCUUAUAGGAUAUUUUCAUGUAUGUCUAGCAAAACAGUUGGAAUAUUGCUUUUUUGGGGGGGGAAAGCUUUAAUAGGCAAGCUGUUUUUCUUUCAGGAUGCUUCUUAAGAGAGAAGGUGAAAUGCAGUUGUCUCUCUGAAUUCUGUGUAAGUAACGCUGAAGUCAAACAGUUUGGGUGUUUGCACUGCCUACAUCUUCCUUGUAUUCCUAUAAAGAGCAUCAGGAACUGUCCACAAGUCACUGAAACAGUGCAGUGAAAGCAUUGGUUUUUUUCCCUUUCUGUUUGGUUGAGAAUUUUUUUUAAGCUUGUACUUUUAACUUUUUUAAUGGACUGAAUCAGCACCCUGAAUAAGAACUGUUUUAGUAGCUGUAUUAUGGGCUACACAUAAGGAAUAUCCACUACUAGUUCUCCAGGAUGUAAGUCUCACAUGGAUAAAAUUCAACACCCUGUAAUAUAGGAUAAAACUGAUAGGAAUUUGCAAUUAUUGUUGUGACUUUCAUUUAAUCUUCAGCUGAUGACUGUGCUGAUUGAUCUAGAUUCCAACAAACUUUGCAUGCAUCCUGCAUAACAAAAGAAGGUCAGCUUUGUUACGUGACACACCGUCCUGUAAAGUGUGGUUCUACUCCAGGAAGUGAUUUCAGAUGACAGCAUUUAAAUCUGAGCUGCUCAACCUGAGCGUUCUCCACUGCUUACUUCACGGAUAAAAAUAAGGUAUUGACAUUUUACUCCUUAUUUCCUAAAGAUUUCAUUUCCUUGGCAUCAGAUUGUUGACCCUAAUCCUCAGUUGUCUACUGUCAACUGAUGCAGACAAAAAGCUACCUAAAAGCUAAAUCUGGCUUUCAGAAUCCAGAAGUGGAAUAUAUGCUGGGGGGCCAGAAAUCCAGUUGGACUUUAAACUGUGGCAUCACCCUACUUUUAAUCUAAAAAAAAAAUUAAAUACUGUCAACAUGGAAAGCAAACACUGAAGUCUCUGAUCUCACUUUUCAAAGUACACCCACACUUUAUAAUGCUGUUUUUAAUCCUACGCAUUUGCAAAGCCUUUAGGCUAGGCUAUGUAUUAACCUUCUCAUUGCCACUGUCAAAUCCUAAUCAAUAUAUUAAUAAGCUAAAGGAUGACACUGUUUAUCCAGAAGCAAGCGUAACUUUUCUCCAGUAACAAAGAAAAUUAAACGGCUGGAGAAAGGAAUACAACUCAUGGGAUUUAAAGCAGUAGUGUACGCAGAACAUAUCCUGGUGACAUUUCGUUUUACUAUAGGUUGUUGAAGUGCAGCUCCUAUAAAUUUGCAUAUAGGAAAUAAAUUUAUAUACUAGGGCAUCAUCCAUUUUGUAUUACAUUUUCCUGAAUUAAGUGUUGAUAAAGAGAUCGUGGGCAAUUUCAAAAUUGACAGUACUACUCCUGAUAAAACUCCCCACAAAACUAGAAUCAGAAGGGCAUGUUAAUAUCAGAAAAUAUUUUAUUGCUGCAUCUUUGAAAUAAAAGCUAACAGUCCUGUCCCACUUCUGACAAACAUACUGUACCAUUUGUGCCUGUCAACUAAAUAGGGCUAGAAGGACUAGGGGACACUACAGGACAGGACUAAGAAACUCAUAAGGGGAACGUAACUUAGUGGCAGAGAAACAAUUAGGAAAUGAUUGUGUCAUUGGUUUUGAGUUGACAAAUACUUAACUUCGGAAAUUAUCCAAAUCCUCAUUUUUUUUCUAAGGAAUGUUUAAGAAAAAACUACAUUGCUGCUUUAAAUUCGCUAUAAAAGGACAAGUCCAUUUUCACAUUUAAAAAAUUACCAGUGGGAUUUUCUGUUGAAUUACCCUUUUCCUUCUGCUUGAGUAAAACGAAGCGUUUAAUGUAAAUGCGAUACUCUGCACUGUAUUCAUCAUUUCUUAUGAGAAUGUCAAGAUUGUGACUCAUAUGUACUCUUUUAUUACUUUACCAAAGUUAAAUAAAAUUGUGUGACUUU